GAAGUCAAUUAGGCUAGACAAAGAAAAACACAGGAGCUAAUAAAAAAGGGUGAUCCUGUAAUUUUCUAACUGAGGGUUUAUGUCUUAAACCCUAAAAGCUCAACCAGAAAAUUGGAAGGAAGGAGAAUUGUGUUCUGACAUCAAAAUGCAGAUUGUUUUAAGAAAAUUAUCACAGAGAGUUUCUCUAAAGCAGGCUAUCUACUGUCGCACUUUUUCUACCAAGAAGGUUAUUGAUAUUGGACAGCCAACUCCUACAUCCCACCCACAGUUACUCAAAGAAGGGGAGGUAACACCAGGCAUAAGCUCCGAAGAAUAUGCUUCAAGAAGGAAAAAGUUUCUGGAGCUUCUUCCAGAGAAGAGUUUGGCCAUCGUUGCAGCUGCCCCUGUGAAGAUGAUGACCGAUGUGGUGCCUUACACUUUUCGACAAGAAGCUGAUUAUUUAUAUAUUACUGGCUGCCAGCAACCUGGUGGCUUGGCUGUUUUAGGCCAUGAGUGUGGAUUCUGCAUGUUCAUGCCUGACGCAAAUCCUCAUGAUGUUAUCUGGCAAGGCAAAGUUGCUGGUGUUGACGAUGCCUUGGAAACAUUCAAGGCUGAAAAAGCGUAUCCAAUGCACAAAUUAAGAGACAUACUGCCAGAUAUGAUAAAGGGAUCACCCGCGUUGUUCCACAAUAUGCAUACAGCCAUACCAGCAUAUAUGAAUUUGGAGCCUUUCCAAAAAGCAGUUGACAAUGGAAAGGUUAAAGAUGUGUCGUAUAUCACCCACGAGUUACGGUUGAUAAAAUCACCUGCAGAACUUAAGCUAAUGAGGGAAUCUGCAUCAAUUGCUUGCCAGGCUCUCCUGCAGACAAUGCUUCACUCUAAGAUAUAUCCUUGUGAGAGUAUCCUAUCAGCAAAAUUUGAAUAUGAAUGCAGGAUAAGAGGUUCUCAGAGAAUGGCGUUUAACCCUGUCGUUGGUGGUGGGCCUAAUGCAAGUGUUAUACAUUAUUCUCGAAAUGAUCAGAAAAUUAAAGAUGGGGAUCUUGUUUUGAUGGAUGUUGGGUGUGAGUUGCAUGGUUAUGUCAGUGAUCUUACUCGUACUUGGCCACCCUGUGGUAGCUUUUCUUCUCCUCAAGAAGAACUUUAUGACCUUAUUUUGCAAACAAACAAUGAAUGCCUGAAGAUUUGCAAACCUGGUGCUAGUAUUCGCCAAAUACACAACUAUUCGGUCGAAAUGUUGCGCAAAGGACUCAAGGAGAUUGGAAUCUUGAAAAGAGAAGCAAGCAGUUUGUAUCAUCUGCUCAACCCAACUUCUAUAGGCCACUAUUUAGGAAUGGAUGUUCACGAUUGCUCUAAUGUCAGCUAUGACCGUCCUUUAAAGCCAGGCGUUGUGAUAACUAUUGAACCGGGAGUCUAUAUUCCAUCUCAUUUUGAUGGUCCAGAGAGGUAUCAAGGUAUUGGGAUAAGAAUCGAGGAUGAGGUUCUCAUCACAGAAACAGGAUAUGAGGUACUCACGGGGUCAAUUCCGAAAGAGGUUAAACAGAUGGAAACCUUGCUAAACAACUUUGGAAAUGGAAUGAGGGUUGGAAUGGAGAGCUAAAUGUGAGAGUUGUUUUCCAAGUGAUCAUUCAUUCCCCUUGCAUCUUAACUUAGCCAAGAGGAAAGGGUUAUUUUGUUGGUGAAUGGUUCCAUAGUAUGUAUUACAAUACACAUGUUUCAUCCCCAAAGCAAGGCAUAAGUCAUUCAUUUGUCAAAUACAUUUCAUUUGCACAUAUUAUUGCUCUUUAACUUUCUGGUGGGUCUACUUUAAUUUGUAGCCGUCAUCUGUAAAAUUUCCCAUUUUUUGAGAUGUAUUGAUUUCAUUGCAUAUUUAUAAUAUAUAAACAUCACAAAAUAACAUAGCAAAUAAAUCUUAGAAAUUGCUUCUGUUGUC